AUGGCCCCGCAAGGCUCAGAUCUGAGGAAUGCGGCAUCGAUACAACGUGCUGCUCCCUUUUUGCAUCAAGGUGAUCAAGGCACAGCCGACAGAUUGGGCGCCCUCGAAGCACAAGUCGCUGAAAUGCGGAAGCUCUUGGAGCGUCAGCCUAAUUCAGUAACACAGCCCGUUCCAUCGAUAUUGCCAGGAACCGCUACAUCACACAUUGAUCUCGAUACGCCGAGCUUGGAUGUGUCUCCGUGCGACGGACUUCCACCUUGGAGUGUUGUCGGUCAUUACGUCCAGCUGUAUCUCAAACAUUGCAACUGCCAGCCACUUGCACUGUUCUCCCCUGAGGUCUUGAUGACGAAUUUCACCUCGCGAGAACCAGAGCUAAUACUAGCGAUGCUGACCCUAGCGUCGCGCUUUGACACAGCCACUCCCAAUGUUAGCCAGAUGGAUAUAUCACGCAUGUUCGAAAGUCGGGCAACUCAGGCAAGAGAGUUAAUAAUGAGUCGGGUUACCCACGGGCCUAUUGAACUUUCCACGAUUCAAGCAUUAUGCCUGCUAAGUCUAGCAGAGUUUAAUCAUGGAAAUACUCCACGGGCAAGCACCUACAUUUCACUGGCAAUGGACCUCGUCUCAUCUUCUGGAUUGGCUUCAGAGCAUAGGAGACCCGACUAUGAUCGUUCUGACGACGAGCGACGGCGAUGCUACUGGAGCUUACUACUGUUAAGAAAUCUCUACGGAGUGUCUACCAGCACGUUUUCAUUUGUUCAGGAUGAGAGGACUCCGAGGCUUCCCCAAAGACCCGAACCUCCAGCAGGUACCAGCUCCCAGAUGACUGAUACAGCCCUGGAGCAGGCAGAUGCCCCGAAUUCCUCUAACGAGCCCUCUGACCUUGGCAUCUUCGCGUACGUUGUGCAGCUAAGUCAAGUCUGGCAGAGAGCCGCCAGGUUUGCGAACAGACGUGGAAACAUCGGUACCCUUCCUGCCUGGUCACCCCAGUCCGAGUAUUCACAGAUCACUGCGGAACUCAUGGAUCUCGAGACGCGAUUGCCAUACAAGUAUCGCUUUCGACCAUCCCGAUUUCUGGACCAAGAUCGCGGCCAGCUGGAGAAACAUCGUGACUUUUGGGCCUCCUGGAUUUUGCUCCAGAUUCUUUACCACACUAUCCUCUGUUUGCUCAACCAUCCGCUUCUGUUGUUUCUCCGCUUGAGGAACUUCCGGGUCACGAUGGUACCGGAGGUCUUCCUUCAACACACGGCCGAUCUCACCGAAACUCACACGGAGUGGAUCGUACACGUGCUGGACUUGUGCCAGAAGAAUGACUUCCCUCAGUUCGACCCGUUCUUAGCGCAUUGUGCAGCUAUUGCUGCCACAGUUUAUCUGCAGCAAAGCUUCUCUGAUGACGUUGAAGUAAAGGCAACGAAACAGGCCAGUUUCAGAAAGUGUGUCUCGUUCAUUCGAGAUCUGGGCUCAUUUUGGCCCUAUAUUAAUCAACUUGCGGACAAGAUCGAAAACUUUGAAAAAGUGGUGUCAGACUCUUUCCUUGAUUCCGCAUCUCAGAGGCCGCCAGAUCCUCGCAUCUUCAUCGAUCUGAGCUUGUUUUGGGAGAUUAUUGAGUCCUCCUUUGUGAGUGAGCUACCCAAAAAUGCAGAUGGCUACUUUGGUGCUUCUCUCACGUCUCAUCGCCAAUCGUCUUCUUCUGGAGAAGUCCUUCGCAGUCGUCUUCUACCUAAGCCUACUCGCCUCAACCACCACGGUACAACACCACGGUCCGAAGAUGCCGAGUCCGCAGUUGCCCUGCCUCCUCGCGACUACACUCGAGCAUCUGAAAUCCGCAACGUGGACUAUAUGAAUGAGGGGGUGUCGAUUUUGGCACAAAGCUAUUUUGCACAAGGGCAAGAUCUAGCUGGAAGUCUGGACGAUUGGUGGCUUUCAGGGCAGCCGACCUAG